AUGCUUGGUCUCGAGACACCCUCCAGGCGCUGGGACACAGUGGCGCCUACCAUUUUGCUCAGUGCUCUCCUGAUUCAUCUCGCUGAUGCUGUGGCUUCGGAACCGCAAUACGUCCUGUGGGUUUCUACUGUGAUACAGAGAUUUGCCCCAGAAAAGGCCUGUCUUCAUCUUUUAAACCUCGAGGAGUCUGUGUCCGUGAGCAUCAUCCUAGAAUAUGAUGGAUUCAAUACCACUAUUUUUGACCAGUCUGUGGAAGCCGGCAACUUCUAUACCUGUGCGAAUUUCAAAGUGUCUCUGAUAUCCUCACAGCAGUUGGCCUUGGUGACAUUAUUUGUUCAGGGAAACACUCUUAAAAUCUCUGAAAGGAGAGCUGUGGCAAUCGCUGCUGAGGAGAAGGCAAUUUUUGUGCAGACAGACUCUCCUGUCUACAAGCCUGGGGAGAGAGUUAACUUUCGUAUCGUGACACUCAACACCUGGCUCAAACCUGUUGAUGAGAUGUAUCCUCUAAUCACCCUUCAGGAUCCCCAGAACAAUGUGAUGUUUCAAUGGAAAAACGUGACCUCUGUCAGCAACAUCACCCAACUCUCAUUCCAACUGACUCCAGAGCCCAUGUUUGGAGAUUACACAAUCGCCAUAAAAGAGCAAUCAGGGAUGACAACAGCGCAUCAAUUCACCGUUAAUCAGAAGGUAUCACCCAGAUUUGAGGUUGAGGUCAGUGCACCAGAGACGGUAACUACUGCGGACAGUCAGUUUGAAGUGGCUGCAUGUGCCAAGUACACCUACGGCCAGCCUGUGCAGGGAAACGCCCAGAUACAAGUGUGCCGAAAGUGCCUCUCCUACGGGGACUGUGAGGACGAUAAUAAUAAAAUAUGCCGGCAGUACACUGCGCAGCUGAAAAAUGGCUGUACUUCUCAAAUGAUCGAUACGAAAGCCUUUCAACUAGACGACAAUGAACGUCAACUAGAACUUGGGAUUGAGCUUAGGCUUUCUGGCCCCAAUAACACACCAAUGGUGAGCGAGCUCUUGCAACUGGAGCUCAAUGGCCAACCUCUUGGAAAUUAUACCACAGAUGAGAACGGGGAAGCUACAUUUUCCAUUGAGACCUCAGAGAUAUUCGAUCCACAGAUCAGCUUGAAAGCUGUGUAUGUGCGACCUAAGAGCUACCAUCAUUCCGGCUCACUGGCCUCUCCAACUUUGGAUGCCUACUUCUCAGUCUCACGCUUUUACUCCGAAUCCAGCAGCUUCCUGAAGAUCGUUUCCGAGCCAAAGCAGCUUCCAUGUAAUCAAGAGAAGAUGAUUUCAGUACUUUACUCCCUAAACCCUGAGGCCUACAAGGAUGGCUCAGACGUGACGUUCUUCUAUUUGGUGAUGGUGAGAAGAAGCAUCUUCCUCAGUGGACAGCACAGAGUCACAAUCCAAGCCUGGAACGGAAACUUCUCUUUCCCACUCCACAUCAGUGCUGAUCUGGCGCCAAUGGCCAACCUCUUUGUCUACACCCUCCACCCCAGUGGGGAAAUCAUUGCAGACAAUGUCAAGCUCCAGACUGACAAGUGCUUUCAAAACAAGGUCAGCAUAGAGUUCUCAAAGGAGCAGGUACUACCUGGCUCUACCAUCAGUCUGCAUCUUCAAGCAGCCCCCGACUCCUUCUGUGCCCUUCGAGCCGUGGACAGAAGUGUCCUUCUACUGAAACCAGAGCAAGAACUAUCACCCGACAGUAUAUACAACCUGUUCCCAAAUAUCCCACAACAUGGCUCUUACUACGGUGAUCUCAACCUGGAUGAUGGUAGAACAGAGCCAUGCAUUCCUCAGAAGGAUUUGUUCUACAAAGGACUGUAUUAUACACCUUCAAGCAAUGUUUGGGAUGGAGACGUCUCUAAUCUUCUCUGUUCUCUGGGUCUAAAACCCUUCACCAAUCUCCGCUACCGGACACCAGAAAUGUGUUCUACCCAGAAAAACCUGCCUCAGCUGAGACCAUUCCCUCUCCCAAGCGAACGGAUGAUGCACAGCUCCGGAGGUGGUUCUGCCUCUCGUGAUGCCGGAGACAUCAUCAACCAUGCAGAAGAGGCCAUCAGAGAGACAGUAAGGACACACUUCCCCAAAACAUGGAUUUGGGAGCUCAUUCAUGUAGACUCCUCAGGCUCAGCAAACGUCACCUUCCUUGUCCCUGACACUAUAACUCAAUGGGAGGCCAGCGCCUUCUGUGUGAACAGCCACGCCGGGUUUGGCAUUUCACCUAAAGCAUCUGUGGUGACCUACCUACCCUUCUUCAUCGAUGCUCCCUUUCCUGCUUCGGUUGUUCGAAAUGAGCAGAGCGACCUGGUUGUCACUGCGUUCAGCUACCUGACUACGUGUGUGGAGAUUUCUUUUCGAUUAGAAGCAUCUGAGCACUAUGAAGCAAGCAUCAACAGCCCGAGAGGCAAUGACAGUGAUGUCCUGGAGGCUGGAGGAUGGAAAACAUAUGUCUGGACCGUCAUCCCAAAGACACUGGGUAAAGUGAAUAUUACUAUAGUGGCUACAUCCAAACCGAGUACGGCCUGCCCAAAUGAUGCCAGUGAGCAGCAUGAUGGUAGCUGGAAAGACACGGUAGUCAAAAGCUUACUGGUAGAGCCCGAAGGUAUUGAAAAAGAAACAACCCAGAGUUUCCUUAUCUGCCCAAAAGGUACCAAAGUCUCAAAGCAAAUACUUCUGGAAUCGCCAAGCAAUGUAGUAGAAGAGUCAGCCACAUCCUUUGUCACCAUUGUGGGUGACAUUCUGGGGGUGACAAUGCAGAAUCUGGACAGCCUCCUCCAAACAUCCUAUGGGUGUGUCGAGCAGAACGUCGCCCAGCUAGCGUCUGAUAUUUUCAUACUCGACUACCUGACAGCUACUGAUCAGCUGACAGAAGACAUCAAAUCCAAGGCUCUGCUUCUCUUAUCUAAUGGUUACCAGAGCCUGUUGUCUUUCAGAAACUCUGAUGGGUCAUAUGACAUGUUGUGUCAGAGAAACCAGAAAGGAAGCAUAAGGCUCAGUGCCCUGACUUUCAUGACACUUGAGAAAAUGAAGGAAUAUAUUUUCAUUGAUGAGGCAGUCCCCAAACAGACCUUAAUCUGGCUCUCAAGCAAACAGAGAACAAACGGAUGCUUCAGACAGGAUGACAAGCUUGACAACGGUGCUUCGGAGGGCAACGAGGAGCCGGAUAUUGUGCUCACUGCCCACGUUGUCUGAGCGUUCCUUGAAGCUGGACUCGAUUCCCGUUUUCCUGCCCUCCGCAAUGGUCUCUAUUGCCUGGAGGAGGCAUUUGCAAAUGGUGUCACCAGUGUCUACACUCAGGCUGUUCUGGCUUAUGUGUUUGCACUAGCUGGGAAAGAACAGCAAGUGAAUUCCUUACUCCAAAUCCUGGAUCAAGCCACUAUCAAAAAAAAUAAUAUGAUACAUUGGGAGAAAGAAGAGAAGCCCCAAGCUGAAGACUCUCCACCGUUGAGCCCUUGGGCACUUUCUGCUGAGACUGAGAGGACGUGCUAUGUGCUCUUGGCUGUCAUUUCCCAGGCCACUCAGGACCUUGACUACGCCAGUAAGAUCGUGCAGUGGCUCGCCCAGCAGAUGAACUCCCACGGAGGCUUCUCUGCCAUGCAGGACACCGCAGUGUGCCUUCUCGCCCUAACCCGAUACAUGAAGUUAACUGGCUCCAAACCUCAAAACACCAUCACCUUGAGCAUGGAAGGCUCUGAGGAGGUGUUCCACGUUGACAAUGAUAACCGCCUUCUGGUCCAGCGCUCAAAGUUAUCCAAAGGGCAGGGACCAUAUAAGGUCGACGUAGAAGGAGAAGGCUGCACGUUUAUCCAGGCAACCCUCAGGUACAACGUGCCGCUCCCUAAGAAGACAUCUGGAUUUUCCCUUUCCCUGAAACUGGAAAAGAGAAACUCUCCAGAUGGAUUCCAGACUGAGUACAUCCUCACAGUGACCCUCAU